AGUAGCAAGGCCAAUACCACAAGUUACAAGACUAAAGCCAAAAGUUGCAAGGCCAAGAGUUUUAAGGUCAAGUCUUGGCCCAAGAUUAAGAGUUUCAAGGCAAAGACGGACGCAAAGAUUUUUAAAACUUAAGACUUCCAUUUUCGCCUUACCUUUAGGCCAAAACUGUAAAUAGCAAGUGCUGUGAUAAUAAAACCACAUUUUGUAAAAAUAGACCAAGUUUAUGUUCAGAUUUCAACAAAAUCAAAAAGAAAAUGUGUUGUUUUUUUAAAAGGCCUAAACAAUCAAGGCCAAGGCCAAAAUUUUAAAGGCCAAGGCCAACAGUUUCAAGGCUAAGGGCCAACAGUUUCAAGGCUAAGGGCCUUGGCCUUGAAAAUGGAAAUUUUAAGACCGGGCCAAGACCAAGGAAUAACAACUUUGUUAUAUAAUAACCGCUUUAAAAUAAUUCAAUAGAUUAUCAUUUUAAUUAAUUAACUUAUUUAACUAAUAUUGCUUACAUGCAUUUUAUUAUAAAUUUAUAAUAAUUAUAUUUUAUGCUAUAGGUGCUGUGGGCAUAUGAUGAAUGCACUAAUAGCACAUAAAUUAGCCUAUAGCACUGCUAUAAACACUUUUUUUAUAAUUUUAGAUAUUUUAGUAUAAAAUGGCAGACAAAAGUUCAUCAGAGAUAGACGAAUCAAGAUCAUCUAAAAAAAUAAUUAAAGAGCCAAACUUUUAUGAUAUUGAAAAUUAUUUAUUAUUAGGAAUUUUUCCUGAACAUUUACAAGGAAGAGAAAACAUAGGUAUUAAAACGAACUUUAAAAAACAAAGUGACAGGUUUGUAAUUGUUAAUGGUAUGCUACAUUAAAAAUAUAGAAAAAUCAUGAAAGUUACUUCUGGUCCAGAGACUUUAUGUGUUGUCAAAGAAGGUUAUGUUGGAAUUUGUGUAGUUGUUGAUUAUUUUUCAAAAUGGAUUGAAGCAAAGCCUAUUUAUAAUAAAAGUGCUGAAGAGGUAUCCAGAUUUCUUUAUGAACUUAUAUGUCGACAUGGUUGUGCCUCAAUUCAAAUUAAUGAUCAAGGUCGAGGAUUUUGUAAUAAAGUUUCUGAAAAUUUGCUAAAUCUUACUGGAACCUGUCAACGUAUUACUUCAGCUCACCAUCCUCAAGCGAAUGGUCUGGUUGAACGAGCUAAUAGAACUAUACAGGGUUCUAUGCUUAAAGUGCUGAAUGGAGAGCAAGAAAAAUGGCCUCAUUCAUUAGAUGGCAUACUGUUUGCAUUUCAAACAACUCGCCACAAGUCAACCGGUGUCACUCCCUUUCAAGUUAUGUAUGCAAGGGAGCCAGUUUUACCCUUACAUUGCAUAAAUAUUGAUCAAAGCUUAAUUCAUGAUGUACCUGUUGAUUUAGACAUAGAAGAAGGUAUUUUGGAACAGGCUGAUUUGCUCGAAAACUUAAAAGGAAUUAAAAACAUUCAAAGUAUAAUUCAUGAUGAAGUAGAAAAAAAUAUAAAGAAAUCUCAAUUGCGAUAAUAGAAGGACUAUGAGAAACGUCACAAAAACCAAAUCCAAUUCAAUAUAGGCGAUGAAGUUUUUGUUUAUAAUCUUAGAAGAGCUGAUAGAAAAGGUGAUAAAGGGAAAUCUGUUUGGGAUGGACUGUACGAAGUUAUUGAAACAUUUAUUGAUAAAGGACUUUAUCAGCUAAAACAAAAAAUUGGUGAAACACUUCAUACCAAGCAUCAUGGUUCAAACAUGAAACUUUCAAAGAAAAGAUCUGAAGAUGAAAUACUUCAAAAAUCAUGUGAUAAGGUGUCUUAUAUUAAAUCUGAAUCUUUAGAAAUUGUUGAAGUUGUUAUCAGCAAAACAAACUCUUUUAUACCUACUAAUAGUAAAUGGAGAACAAAGAAAUGCUCCCUAUUGAAGAUUUCUUUAACUAAUAAAACACCUUUUAAAAAAGGUUUUGCUGUACGAAAAAAAAAGUUACAAUUGGGAAAACCGAUUAGUGUUGAUAAAAUUGAAGGUGAUGGAAAUUGCUUAUUUCGAGCUUUAAGUCAGGAAGUUUGUCUAAGUCAAGAGUUUUAUAAAAUACUGCGUCAACUAGCAAUUGAUACUCUUUUAAAAGCGGAAUAUAGAAAUGCUUUUGAUGCUUAUAUAUCAAAACUAGUUUUAAAAUACAUUAGUGAUUCAAAAAUGGAGACUGACCAAAUAUGGGGCACUGAUGUCGAAGUAUAUGCAUUAGCAACUGUCUUGAAUACACCAAUUGCUGUUUACUAUAAGCCCCCUGAAGCUUCUGUAUUUUUGUGGUUUUUUUACAAACCUCUUCUUCAAAAUACAAAUGGGUUUAAACUAAUGGAAAUAAAAGAAAAUGACCAAAUAGUUUAUCUGCAAAAUACUGGUGUACAUUAUGAUAGAGUUUUAGCUGUCAGUUGAUUUUUGUUCACAUUAAGUUGUGUUUUUAUUGACUUUUUAAAAAGUUUUAUAUAUUUAUAUUUCUUAUUGACUUUAUUUUAAGAUUGUUUUGACUAUUCUUGUUAAUCCAAAAUGUUGUGCAGUUUAUCAUUUUAAAACUAAUCAUGGACUUGUUUUAUAACUCUCCUUUAUUAAAUUUUCAUUAAGGUUUUAGCAUACAAGAAAU